CAGCCUUUUGGCUGGAGAAGCUGCAUAUUUAUGUAGUUUUCUGAGCCAGUCAUUUUUUUUUAGCUUUAUUUGCCUUCUCUUCUUAACCUUCAGCCUACUAGAUAUUAUAGAGGUGCACACCUGCAAGGCAGGUCAUCUUUACGAAUGCCAAUUUCUGGGGGUUCUCAAAAAAAAUCUCAAGACUCUCCAAUUAUAGCAAUGUAGUAAAAAAAAAAAAAGACAAUCCUAUUUGGUCUGCCCUCCUUUGCUGUUGCUACCUUCCAGUUUGUGACAUCUAGAUAGUGGGAGGUCUGAUGAACUGAACAAGACAGGCUGCUGCAAGGAAUUUCAUUCUUGCUGAAAUCCGUGAUCCCUUGGUGGAGACAGCUCCUUUCACUUGGAGUGAUUUCUUUCUUCUGUGUGACUUUGCGAGGGGCUCUGGUAUUACUGCUCGAUGUAUAGCUCACGGAGAGAACAGCGCAAGGCAGAAGAGAAGAAGUAAGCCAGCUGACUGGCUCUCAGACGGAACGAGACAAGAGCCCACAGCACAGCAACUGGCUUCCCUCUAACGUGCGAUUUUGAAGUCAGCAAAACUGAAAUCAAAUUACCAUCUGAUUGUGUGGGUGAAGGAUUAAAGAGACGGGGCUACCGGCUGCCUUAAUGAGGAUGAAGGAACCAGGAAGUCAAAGAACAAGCAAGUACAUCUAAUGUCUGGACCCUGAAGCCUCAUGCUCAGAAAUGGAUAUUCUUGUGGAAGAGGAUAGCUCUGUGACCCCAACUACAAAUCCCUUAAUACAAUUAAAUCAUGACAGAAGACUCUAUGAACCUGAUUUCCUCUCUGGAGAGAAUAAUACUUCUGAUGCACUUAAUUGGACCGUGGAUGCUGAAAAUGGUACAAACUUCUCUUGUGAAGGUGGCCUUGCACCCCCAUGUUACUCCUUACUUCAUUUCCCAGAGAAAAACUGGCCCGCAUUGCUGACAGCUAUAGUGAUUGUUCUUACCAUUGCUGGAAACAUACUUGUCAUCAUGGCAGUCACUCUGGAGAAGAAGCUGCAGAAUGCCACCAAUUACUUUCUGAUGUCACUUGCCAUUGCUGAUAUGCUGCUGGGUUUCCUGGUGAUGCCAGUGUCAACAUUAACCAUCCUGUAUGGGUACAAAUGGCCCUUGCCCACAAAACUCUGUGCAGUCUGGAUUUAUUUGGACGUGCUUUUCUCCACUGCUUCCAUCAUGCAUCUCUGUGCUAUCUCCUUGGACCGCUAUAUUGCUAUUCGGAACCCCAUUCAUCAUAGUCGCUUUAACUCAAGAGCUAAGGCAUUUUUGAAAAUAAUUGCUGUUUGGACCAUAUCAGUGGGUAUAUCAAUGCCAGUUCCAGUCAUUGGCCUACAAGAUGACUCCAAAGUCUUUAAAGAAGAGAGCUGCUUACUGGCUGAUGAGAACUUUGUCCUGAUUGGCUCUUUUGUGUCCUUUUUCAUCCCCUUAGCCAUUAUGGUGAUCACCUACUUUUUAACAAUAAAGACUCUUCAGAAAGAAGCUACUUUAUGUGUGAAUGAUGUUGGCACAAAGAACAAAUUGUCGUCUUUCAGCUUCCUCCCUCAAAGCUCCCUGUCUUCAGAAAAGCUCUUCCAGCGUUCCUUGCACAAGGAACCUGUAUCCUACGGAAGAAGGACUAUGCAGUCUAUCAGCAAUGAACAAAAGGCUUCCAAAGUCCUUGGUAUUGUUUUCUUCCUGUUUGUCGUAAUGUGGUGCCCCUUCUUCAUCACCAAUGUGAUGGCAGUCAUCUGCAAGAAGUCAUGCAAUGAAAAUAUCAUUGGAAUUCUACUGAAUGUAUUUGUUUGGAUUGGUUACCUCUCCUCUGCUGUGAAUCCAUUAGUGUAUACACUGUUCAAUAAAACUUACAGGUCUGCUUUUUCUCGUUAUAUCCAGUGUCAGUACAAGGAGGACAAGAAACCUCUGCAGUUGAUUUUAGUGAAUACCAUACCUGCAUUAGCUUACAAUUCUAGGCAAAAUGAAAUGACACAGAAGGAUGAAAAGAAAGACUCUGAGGGGACGGAUAAAGACUACACUGGGAUUGAUAUCGGAAUACAUAAUUUAGAUAAUACACCCAAGGACAGUGUUAUCCCAGUGAAUGAAAAGGUUAGUUCUGUGUGAUCUCACUAGACAGUGAGUAGCUACUAUGGCAACCAUGGAGUACUCACUGAGAAAGUUUGCACCAAUCUCAAAGGGAGAAAGACUUGGAAAAAUUAGGCCAGUCUAACAGAACCAUCAAUUACAUCAACAUAUUCCUCAUGUUACGAUGUCAAUAAAAAGCAGAGUUAAAUACCAUAAAAUUUGCAUCUUUUUUAAAAAAAUAAAAGAAAUUCAUACAGUAUUUCAGCUAUUUUAAGCAUAGCCUUUACUAAAGUUAUUUUUUAAUAUCUUAAAAAAUAUAUUUCUUAAAGGCAAAUACCAUUUAUGGUAGAAUUUUAAUGAUGGCCACAAAUAAAUCAAUUUUGAUAUUUUUCUUUUGAAAAUGAAAACUAUGCUACUGUGUCAUUUAUUGACAGCAUAGGUUUGAAUUAGUUACUUUCUGGUAUAAUUAUUAAUAAAAAAGAAAUUUGAAGAUAAUGAAUAUUUUUAGAACCUUUGAAAUAAAGGACAAUGUUAAUGAAUCUGCUGACAUAUACUUUGAAAAAAAUACCCAGGGUACUUCUCUUAUAAUAAUAAUAAUAGCUGUAUUGAUGAAAUAAUGACAUAGACAAUUUGGUAAUAUUUUAUUAAUAUUAUUUAUUCAGAUACCAUUCUGAACUACAAAUGAACUCUCUGCUAUUUACCAUAUGCUUCAUUUCAAAUUAGAUGUUGUAAAAUAUUAUUCAGUUAACAAUAUUUUCAGUUCCUUUUUUUUAAUUCUAUGCUUUUAUUCUGAAUGUCUCCUAUGUCCUCAUGCUGGAUUUUGGAUAUAUCAUUGAAUGGAUAAGUUCAUAGUAUCAAAUAGAUUUAUAGAAAUUGUUUUUAGGAAAGAUUACUCUUAACAUAAUCUUUAACUUUUCUGUAAUGCCCUGUCCUCGUGACAAUGACAAAAAAGUUUUGGAAAUUAAUCAGAACAGAUGAUUCUGGACAGCAACAGCUGAGGCCAUGUCUAAAAGCAUUAUAGUAGUCUUUAUAAUUGGUACGAAGCAGUAGAAAUGAGCCUAUAUGUGUUAGUCAUUUAAAAAAUAGAAAUUAAAGAGAAUCAUAUUCAUUAAUAAAAAGUUAACCUGGGAAUCGAUUUCACUCCUUUUUAAUUUCUUUUCCCCAUUCCUACCUCCCCCCUCAAAAAAAUUGCUUGUGGUACAUUGAGGGAAAUCCUAUAAAGUAAAACCUACUGAUUAGUCAUUAAGGCAUUAGGCUCACAUCCUGCCUUAUUUUUAACAUCCUGGCUCUUAGCUGCAGGUAGAAAACCAAAGCAAGAAAGUAAAAAAAACAAACAAACAAACAAGCAAACAAAAACCCCGCUUGGCCAAAUGAUGUAGUAACAUUUGAAAGAAAUGCUUUUAUGUAGGAAGCAUCAUGGCGUAGUUGAAAGAGUGUUGGAUUUAGCAUCGGAGGACCUUGGUACAAUCUUGGCUUUUCCAUUUGCCAUUAAAAUAACUAUGAAGAGGUCACCUUAGCUUUCCCAUUUACAAAGGGAACAGAUUGAAUUCAACAAGCAUUUAUUAAGCAUCUGGGGUUACAACAAUACAAAAUAAUACUUGCCCUUGAAGAAAUGGCAUUGAAUUGAAAAGGUGAUAGUUAAAUCCCUUCCAGUUGCAAAUCUGCAAUAGACCAAAUCUACAUAGCUAAAAAUGUAAAAUAAUAUUUUACUUUACGAUCUGUUCAUUCUUUCUAAGAGAAAAAAAAGCCUAUUUUCACAUUACUCUGUGAUGCUAGACUAUGGAAAACAGCAGAAGCUCUGUUUCUUUAAAGGGUUUUCUAUUUUAAUUUUUAAGGUCAUUUAAACAUUGACUGUUCACACCUUGAUCAUAAUCCUUUCAACUAUUACUCUAGGUCAAAAAACAAUGUGGUUGCUAUUGAAACAAAGAGGAUGAUAUGUGAUUACCAAAAGGAAGGUCCAAUAUUGCCAAUUCUGUUGAAAUAUAAAAAAUUACUCACCCUCCCUCUUUUACCCCAGGCCUUUAGGACAGAUUAUUUAAGUGAAUUAUGGGGAAAGAGGGAGAGAGAAUUCCUGGGGGGGUUCUCAUUUCUGUAAUUUACAGCUGCUUUAGGGAUAAAUUCAAUAUUUAUGUCCUACCAAAUAUAUUGCUGACUGAAGUAAUGGCAGAGUGACUCAAAAGCUAGAAUAUAUUGUAUACAGCUGACAUCAAGACUGUGUUUGAACUGAAUUAUUCUUUAACGGUUAUAUAGAUGUAUUGGAUAAAGUUCAAAUGCUACCAAACUUCUUGUUUAGUGUAUUUUGCCUUAGUUUGUGAUGUUGCACAUCUCUUUAUGUACAUUAGAGAAAAUUGGAAUUCCUACCCCCAUAUAGCCUACCUUGAAUUGAAUGUACAUAAUUAUUGCCUGAAAACUACCUGAUAACUAUAUAGAUAUUAUCAAUGGUCAUCAAUAUGUUUCUCACUCUCUCCAUGAAGUAUAUAUAUAUCUUUUAUUAUGUAUAUAUAAAUGAUAAUGACUAUGUAUAUAUGUAUAUAUACAGAUAUGUUCAAACAGUUGACCCAAUAUUUAUAUAUUUAUAUGGAGGAAGAGAGAGAGACUAAUGAAAACACAUUGUAUUUAUAUACAUAUGUAUACACACAUAUGGGCAUGUUUGUAUUUUGUAUAUUUCCAUGUGAAAUUGUGUUCAAAGAUUUUAAUAAGUCCCCUGACUGUCCCAGCAGAUUAAAGUGCUAUAGUGCCAGCAGCUUCUUCAUAAACUGGAAGUAUGUCUUAAAUAAUUUGGAAACUCGAUGUUAACAUAAUUGUGAUGGAAAUGAAAAGAGUGCAGUUGCAUAUAUGUAUAUGUAUGUGUGUGCGCACAUGUGUACAUAUGUGUGUAUGUGUAUGUGUGUCUAUGUCAAUUCUUCAAUCGUCUGUGAUUCCAUGGCUCUGGGUGCUCCCUCCACCAACACAGAAAGACAGCAACCUCUGUAUACCUUGAUGAUGGGUCUUUGUCAAUUGCUGUGACAUUCAUCACCUGGUGGCCAGCCUACCUGAUGAUGAGCUUUUCCAAACCUUGCUAGUCCGGACCUUGGAGGAGCGAUAUACAUACGGGCCUUUGCUGGCACUGAACUCAUUGCCUUUUCAUCUUGCAAGCAUCUCCCAGAGAUUGUUCUCCUUGGAGUAGCCAUGGAGAACCAUGGUGGUUUCUCUCCACACCAUAACGAGGGAUUGAGGAAGAACUACUGUGGAAGAGGUUAUAUUUAAACAUGGGUGUUUGGUUUAUUUGGUGUCAAAUAAACCGAAAGCUUAGGGCACUUUAUAAUCUCAGUCUAGGGAUUUUCUGACUACCUUAUCUUUUCCAGUGAAUUGUUAUUUUCCCUAAGGAUGGAGACUCUUUGGACAACUGAGAGAUCUUGAAAGACUGACUUUAAAGGAUUCACUCAACCAAUAGUUUUAUUCAGAUUACGGAGUUUUACUUUUUUUCCUUUAGUGAAACUCAUGUGGUAAAUCCUUCGAACAUGAUGUAAAAGGAUUUAUGCCAAACCAUCUCAAUGAAAAGUCCUCAGGAGCAGAACGCAUAUAUUUAAUCUGCUUGACCGCAGUGCCAUCUCAUGGUCAUUUUAAAAAGUGCUAUUCUAGCCAACCAAGUUACUUACUGUGCUGCUUUUAGCAAAUGGUGCUGUUGCCGUUUUGUGCGUCACUGGAAAGUAUUCAUAAAGCAUUGAGUUAUUCUGUAUGAUAUGAUAUGCAACAAGUACAGUGCAAAUUAUUUUGUGUAUGGAGUUUGAUUAAAGCAAAUUUAGGAUUUCAAGGAAUGACUAUAAAUAAAGCAUACUUGAAAGUGAA